GAUGGACAGGGAGCGAGGGAGAGGGACCGGCCGUCCACCCCUUACCUAGCCCCUCCCCUAGGGGUUUGCCCUGGAGUCGAGCCAGCUCUUGAAGAAGGCCUCCACUCCUCUCCCCAUUCUGGGAGAGGGAUCGGGCCUGGCUGUGCUCCAGGAUAAACUUCCACAAGGCGAGCAAUAACAUAAAGUCAAGGUGAAGAUCAGGGCAGCCCUUAAAAAGGCCUCCUUGCACCCUGAAGUGGCUGAAGCCACUCCACAGCUGUUUGUCCUGCCUGCCGCCACCCGGCCACCAUGUGGGUGCUCUUGGUUCCCUUGCUGCUCACCCUCGCCUAUUUAUUUUGGCCCAAGACCACGGGCUCUGGUGCCAAGUACCCCAAGAGCCUCCCAUCCCUGCCCCUGGUGGGCAGCCUGCCGUUCCUCCCCAGACAUGGCCAUCAGCACGUGAACUUCUUCAAGCUGCAGGAAAAAUACGGCCCCAUCUAUUCCUUUCGUCUGGGUUCCAAGACUACUGUGAUGAUUGGCCACUACCAGCUGGCCAGGGAGGUGCUUCUCAAGAAGGGCAAGGAAUUCUCCGGGCGGUCCAAAGUGUUGACUCUAGACAUCCUGUCAGACAACCAAAAGGGCAUCGCCUUCGCCGACCAUGGUGCCGUCUGGCAGCUGCAUCGGAAGUUGGCACAGAACGCCUUUGCCCUGUUCAAGGAUGGCAACCUGAAGCUAGAGAAGAUCAUUAAUCGGGAAGCCGGUUUACUGUGCGACUCCCUGGCCACCCGGCAUGGAGAGUCCAUAAAUCUGUCGGAGCAUCUCUCUCUGGCGGUGACCAACAUAAUCAGCUUUAUCUGCUUCAACUUCUCCUUCAAGAAUGAGGAUCCUGCCCUGAAGGCCAUAUACAAGUUCAAUGAUGGCAUCCUGGAGGCUCAGGGCAAGGAGAUUUUGUCAGACAUAUUCCCUGGGUUUAAGAUUUUCCCCAGCAAAACCCUGGAAAAGAUAAAGAGUUGUGUUCGAAUGCGAAACGAAUUGCUGAGUGAAAUCCUUGAAAAAAGUAAGGAGAACUUCACCAGUGACUCCAUCACUAACUUGCUGGACAUACUGAUCCAAGCCAAGGUGAACGCAGACAAUAACAAUGCUGGACCAGACCAGGAUUCAAAGCUGCUUUCAGAUAGACACAUGCUCACCACCAUAGGGGACAUCUUUGGGGCUGGCGUGGAAACCACCACCUCUGUGAUAAAGUGGAUUGUGGCCUUCCUGCUACAUUAUCCUCCAUUGAAGAAGAGGAUCCAGGAUGAUGUCGACCAGAAUAUAGGUUUCAAUCGCGCACCAAGUAUCAGUGACCGGAACCGCCUUGUCCUGCUGGAGGCCACCAUCCGAGAGGUGCUUCGAAUCCGGCCUGUGUCCCCCACGCUCAUCCCCCACAAGGCUAUCGUUGACUCCAGCAUUGGUGACCUUACCAUUGACAAGGGCACAGAUGUUGUGGUCAAUUUGUGGGCACUGCAUCACAGUGAGAAGGAGUGGCACCGGCCCGACCUGUUCAUGCCUGAGCGCUUCUUGGACCCCACGGGGACCAAGCUCAUCUCGCCAUCGUUAAGCUACUUGCCCUUCGGAGCAGGACCACGCUCCUGCAUAGGUGAGAUGCUAGCCCGCCAAGAGCUCUUCCUCUUCAUGGCCUGGUUGCUGCAGAGGUUCGACCUGGAGAUCCCGGAUGAUGGGAAGCUACCCUCUCUGGAGGGCAACCCCGGUUUAGUCUUACAGAUCGAUCCUUUCAAAGUGAAGAUCAAGGUGCGCCAGGCCUGGAAGGAAGCCCAGGCUGAGGGUAGCACCUCGUGACUCCGCCCUGUGUGACCCCACAGCACGGAAUUAGAGGAGCUCCCCCACCUUCCCCACCCACUCUGCCUUCUUUUCCAGCCUGCAGCCCUGGCAGUGCUGUGCGUAAACAGUUGUGUUUUUUUUUUUCAGAAGGUCUCUGAGCAGCUCAUUCAUUUGUUUGUUCACUCAUUCUUUCAAAGAGUAUUUUAUUGAGCACCUACUAUGUACCACUCACUCACUGUCCCUGGACCCUCAGGCUCCCUGGUCUUACAUGAAGCUUACAUUCUAGUGAGGGCUGACAAAUGAGCAUUUCAGAGACUCGUUAUGUGCUUUGGAGUCAAUUAUACUAGGUGCUGGUGAUGUGAGGGGAAUGGCAGAAGUGGGGGGUGGCCACUGUGAAUGACUGAUUGGGGAAGGCGUGAAGAUGUGGGGGGAAGGUGUCCCAUGCUGAGGGAGCAGCAGGUGAGCAGUUCUCAAGGUAGGAGAGGUCAUUCAGUCUAGAGCAGAGCCAAUGAAGGGAAGAGUGGUCCCCGAUGAGGUCAGACUGCAGGCAGGGCCAGGUCCCAUGGAGUCUUUCUAAGUAGUAGGAAGGAGUUUGGGUUUCCAUUCCAAGUAUGAGAAGAAGUCACAGGAGGGUUUACACAUUGAAGUGGAAAGGUCUGGUUAAUAUUUUUAAAAGAUCAUUCGAGUUGCUGAGUAGACACUGGUCUGCAGAGGGAUGAAAGUGGGGGCCCUGGGGAGGAGGCUGUGCUGGUCCCGGACAGCAGGAUGCUGGUGGCUUAGACCCUGGCGACAGCAGUGGAGACGGCAAGAAGCGGUGGGAUUGAGUUUACAUUUUGAAAGCAAAGCAGAUCAUGUUUGCUUUGAUCCACGCAUCGCUGCAUGCAUCUCAAAGCUUUGGCUUUGGGGAAGUGUCUAUAAUCCAUAAACUCAACCCACAACUGCCCAUCCCUCUCGUCUUGGUCCCCAAAGACUGGUAGGUCUCCUUUUCCUCAUUCUGUACUGGGGUAAACACCGCAAGGAAAGGGCUUCCACGGCAGCCUCCCGCUGAAGUCCCAGGCUCUGCCCCUGCUCCCCACCCCCAAACCCCAGGAAGUCUGUAAAUGCCUCACUAGAAAAUGGAGCCCGGACUUCUUCAAGUCUUAAAACCGACAUCUUUAAACCUUGGCCGCUGGCCAGUCCGCAAAUGAAAGGUGUCCUGAGACGCCCUGGGAGAAACUGACCCUUGCCCUUUAGCCUAGAGAGAGGACUCAACCCCAGCUCCCUGGCGCCAGCCAGACCAGGGUCAGAUCAUCAGCGACCUGGUCCUUCCCUUCUGACUGGAGGAGGACUCUGGAAGGGCCGGCAGGGCAAGCCUGAGACUCCGCCUGGCCAAGUUCCAGGGAGAAGAAAUCAAGGGAGCCCCCGCAAGGAGGGAGGGCCAAGGCUUUCCACCACAGCAGCCUCUUCUUCCUUCAAAGAGCUUUGCUAAUCCAGGGGUAGCUGACCAUUCCCCACUGCCCCCCAACUCAGUGCUGGCCUUCACUGGCCCGUGACCCUAAGGCCUUGCUAAAGAGCCCAGAGGAGUCGGUGGGCAGCUGUGGCUGACCCCAGCCUCCAUCACGGGGAGCCUGGAGAGAUGCUGCCACCACAGUGAGCGGAUGAGAAAGGGGUUAAACUGGAGGUGGCUCCCUCCUUCUCUUGGGUUCCUCUAUCCCCACCAGCUGCUCGCUGGCCUAGAGCCCAGCUACCCUCAGCUCAGAGCAGAGGGGAGCUGACUGGCUGGAGGAGAGUUAAUUUCUCCAGAUUUGCUCAGAAUCUGAAAGGCAUUUUGUGGACUAGUGAGGAACAGAUAAACAACAUCCCCUGUAGAAGCAGUGCAUGAGUGUAACUGGGAAGGAAACAUCCACUCUCCUUGAUUCAGACCAUUGAAUGGCAGGGAAAUGAGAGGCUAACCCUUCAUUUUGAAGAUGAGAAACCUGAGGGCCACUGGGGGCAGGUGUGUGGGGGGUGACUUGCCCUAAGUCACCCAGCAGCCUAGCAGCAGGGCUGGGACCAGAACCCUGGAUUUCAGUGAUGCAGGAUGAGGAGCCAGCGUGCUCUCUCACAGGUCUUCCGCGUCUGUGCAGAAGGGCCUGAGUGUCUGGCUGGGGAGAGUACAAAGCUGAGCAUCCUUCCAGGAAAUGACCUCGUGAACUCUGACUCCUGCCCAAACUGCCCUUCCCCUGCCUGGAAGGCCUUUUCCCACCGACCUAAAUCCUUUUAGCCCUCAGCUUCUGUACAUUGGUGUGGAAUCGCACAUACGCUUGAGCGCCUGCCUGGGCUGCAAAUGGGUGUGGUGACCCCCAGGGAUGCUGCCACCCCUGCAUCUCUGGAAUUCAAGACUGAGCCCUCUUGUGUUCUUUUGGCUGCACAUCAACCUGACAAGUAGGUUACACACACAAGAGGAGUGAGUCAGAUGCUCUAAAUCACUUGGCUAAUUGGUCCAGUGGUAAAAGAACUCUAACUCCUUAUGCAGAAGGAAUUCCAGAUCUCUGGCAAAGCUGAAAGGUCUUCAUCAAGACCCCACAGUCACCUUUUGAGCCUCAGACUGCCCUUAACCAGGGCAAUGGUGUAAUGGUAAAUAAACAUUGAACAACCAGUUCUCUGGUGCUGGUGGUAGGGAACAGCCUUGAUUUGUAGUGUUUGCUGAUCACUGUGGUGUAAACAUUCCUACCAUGAAUGUUCUGGUUGGCCUCUGGUGGCCACAAAGCCUGCAGCAAAUGAGGAGCCCUCUCUCCAGUCAUGCUCAGAGGGAUAAACACCCAUCUCAGGACAGGAACCCCAUCACAGAAGCUAGAGAGGGGUGGGGAGAGGCCUGCAGGAGGAGGCCCCAGGUUCUGGGCCCCAGGCUCCCCAGUUUCCUAACUCUGGAUCUUAGGCUCACUGUUAGCUUCUCAUUUGUAAAGUGGGGUAACUUACCACCUGUGCUGCCAUCAUCUGAGGUUCUGGUGAGGAUGAAAAGUAGAAAGGGCUGUGUGAGCAGGAGAGUUCCACACUGUUGGGAGUUACAGAAGAUGAGAGGUCAGGCUGCGGGAGCAAGUUUUCUUUCUGUCAUUUACAGACCGAGUAAGCGUAGGCAACUUACUUGGCCUUCUUAAACCUCGGUUUUCUCAUCUGUAAUAUGGGUGGCUGCGAUGUGUGUAGAAAUAGCACCACCAACCCAGAGGGCUGCUGAGAACAAAAUAUGGACCUACAUCUCGUGUUCAGUGCCUUGAUAAAUACUGGCUUUAUUAUCAUUGCCUAUAUCCAGACCCACAAAAUAAGUCCCUCUCUAAGGGUUUUACACAAACCUCCCAAAGGCCACCAGCUUGGUCAGGAAGGAGAACAGGUAUAUCCGGAUGGGUCCAUCUGCAGGACAAUACCACCAGGGGUGCCCCCCUUGCAGCUCCAGAUGGCCCUGCCGGCUGCCCCCUCUUUCUCUCCGGAGCCAGGGCAGGCUGGCAGCUGGGAAGUGGGUGGAGACCCCAAAGACAAACUUUUCAGGGUUCCAACACCAGGGUGCUUUGUAACAUUUUCCAGUGGGACUGGGUUUCUUGAGACUCCUUGGUGAGAAGACAUGCAGUGGAAGGUUAAACUGUGGUCAGGAGCAGGCUUAUACCGUGCGGAGAAACUUCAGAUCAAGCGAAAAUCCUCUUCUCCCCCUCAGAAGCCACAAAAGCUCUUUUUAAAAAAAUCUCCUCUGAGGAAGAGCGAAACACUCUUGCAAGGAAAAGACACAAAGAAGGUCCAAAAAACUCAUUAUGUUACAAUGUUUCCAAGGGGUUACAGCCUCACUGCGGAGGUUAACACUGAUCUGAAGCAGGUACCACCUGCCAUUCCAGCACUGAGGGGCUCUGGUAGGUAACAGCUGG